AGUAUUUAUAUGUCAAGUUUUGUUUAGCACUCGAAAGAAUUUUUUAGUUUGAUUUGUUCCUAUUCUAUUAAUUAACGUUUAUUUCGUAUAUUUUGUCAUCAAUACCCGUUUACGAUGUGCACGGUAGGAGUACAUUUGGACCUAACCUUGGGGAUGAAUGAGGAGAUUCGGUUUAAACAAAAGUAUUCGAAACUUUUGCGAAAGUUAGCGAAACAAUUGCCUUUUACACAAGAAGAAAUGGAGCAUAUUUUAAUUAUCUAUUACAAACAUAUUAAAGCGGGCGUCGAGGGCCAAAAAGGAUUAACGAAAAUACAAAUGGAAGAACUACUUCACAGCGCUUUCGAUUUAACGGAUCCUCAAUCUGUUUUUAGAGCUAGUACAACUCUUGUAAGAUCUAUAGGGCCUUAUGUUAAAGUAGAGGAGUUUAUGAAAGCAAUGGCCAUAUUUGUUAGGGGAACUUUUGAGGAAAAAAUUAAAUAUUGUUAUCAGUGUUAUCUACAAACAAGUUUGGACGGUAUGAUUAGCAGGGACGUGAUGUUUGACAAUUUAAGAAGUUCAGUUUUAAGCAAGAAUGUAGAAGAAGAUUCCGAGGAUAUAAUAAGAGAUUUCAUUGAUGUUAUACAAAAAAGAAUGGACAUAGAUAGAGACGGAAAAAUUUCGUUUGACGAAUAUUCGGAAAAUGUCCACGAUAAUCCACUGUUACUAGAAUUUUUAGGACCUUGUCUUCCUUCACGUUUAGCGACUCAUUCGUUCUUGACCACUAUCACAGAAAACAGAGGCCGAUUUUGAUCUCAAACAUCGAUUUUUGUAUACUUGCUGUUACUUGUUCUAACCGAUUAAUUAUACUACGUUUUAUUAUCUA